AUGAGUUCUGUUCAAGGCUCGAGUGUGCACACAGUGCUAUGUAGGAAUAAAAUGAAGGUUGUGUUUGACCAUGGUGUCACAUGUGGAGGUGUAAUUAAAGGUACAACACAAAUGGACAAGACGCAAAAUGCAGAGUGGGACGUACAGAACUACGCUUGCCACGUGCCAGUGAAAAAUGGACCUUGCUUUGGCCACAAUGCAAAAGUGUUCCUCCUUGUUAUGCGACACCUAUAUAAAACGCAUGACCAUCAGGAUGCCAUCCAUGGUGCCAUGAAGAAAACUAACUUUUUUAGCAAUAUGAAGUGCGCAGUUCUUCUGUUACUCGUGUUAUAUAAGAAUAGGAAGAAAGCUAGCCUUGUGGCGCACCUUGCGGUGAAUUCGGGUUCCCCACGAGGCGUCCUGUCUCACGGGGAACACACAUACAAUACAGGUGCUGCCUGCGGCCAUGAUGGGGCGGAGCAGGCAGCCGAGAGGGGCAGUGAUGGCGAUGACGAGACAGGUAUCUACCUCGAUGUGCAUUCCACAGGAAGGACCGCUUCCCCACCCACGCCAAAAAAAAAUAUACUCUUUUUAAAAAGAAGCGGACAUAGUGCCAUGUUCCCAUUUUGUAAAAAUGUCAACUGCGUAAAGGUGAAAAAAAAAAAAGGCUAUCACAACAGAUUCAAAAGAAAGGGAAAUGUUCAUGCGAACUUUCAUCGGACGAGCAGCUUCAAAUGGUCUUGCCGUUCGCCUAAUGCUUCUGACCUGACUGAAAGUGAGCAGUUGUUACACUCGGCACACUUGCACCCGCUUGCGGAAACGAAGAAUUGUUCCAUGCGAAGAAUCACUAUCGUGAAGACAUCCCUCGCCAACGUGCACCUCCCGACGCGCAGGUCCAUCCCCAGCACAAGUGUUAACCAUAAAAAAACGAGUAACAAAUGUAAAGUCAGUUCUUUGUGGAGGUCACGUGACUUACGCUGCGCAAGACAUGCCUGCCAAGGGAACAAAGGCAUAAUUCGUUCCUGCACCCCUAUUAAUGUUUUAAACGAUUGUAAGGACAAUGAGACGAAGGUGUUAUGUCCCCACAUGAAUAGCAACAACAUAAGUGAAGCAGCAUAUAACACAAAUGAUGGAGUCAUCCUUUCACGUUAUUCACUUUUCCAUGUCAACGGGUAUGAUCCACAAAUUACACCCAAAUGUGAAGCACUAAUUUUUAAAGCAAAGGAGUGUAGGAAUGUAGUAGGCAAUAAAAAAAUAUUUGUCACUGUGGGAAAGGGUCACAUGAUUAACAGCUGCGGUAAAGCCAACUGGUGCAGAGGUGAGAGCCGCUUGGAAAAGACCCCCCUUUUGUAUUUGCAUAUGAUUAAUUGGGUUGCAGCCAACAGGGUAGCCAUCAUGGGGUUGAUAGCCGAAGGAAUAUUCUGUGAUGUUAUCACAUUGCUGUUCCAAGUUACCAUCAUUACCGUAGCACGAAUGGCAGCCGUAAUGGGCGUCAUUGUAUUCUCCGUCGCAAUUGCGCUGAGCGAGAUUCUAAUAUAUACCCAACUGUGCGCCCAUAUGAUGGCAUCCCUAUUGGAGAAGCGGCCACCAUUAAUCAUCAGACAAAGCAAGUGCAGUGAAGCCACGACCCCAUCGCAGAGAUGCAUGUCUACGCACAAAUGUAACAUAUAUAACUUGUCGCUUAAACAUUGCACAACGGGUCCGGUAACUUCCUCCCACAGUACACGCGCCCUCAUAUCAUUCUCAAGUAGUACCUUGUCUAAAAAGGAAUGUGACAUAUGGAAGGUCGGUUGCCCUUCAGUAGAAAGUUCACCAUCUUGUAAUUUGCAAGCGGCAGAAAACAAGUCACUCCUAGCAGUGCAUGUUGGGGGGGAGCAUCAUGGCGGAUUGAACAUUACCGCAGUUGAUAUACCGAGAGACAGAAUUAAACAGCCCGCGUGUAUAUUUUGUCCCCCUUGUAACGCAACGAAUGAAUUUUGGAAAAGGCACCAGUGCUUGAUGUUUGCGGCGUGUCUCCCUAUUGUUCAUGUCUGCGAUAGAAGCGAAAACCGCAAGAGCAGACACCGCCCAAGUGGCCACGCCGCUUUGCCAUUUUUCCCAUUGAUGACCAGCUCAAGUGAUUAUUUUUGUCCAUACAGUAAUGAAGCAAUAAAUGCAACUCGCACUUGUUUUACUUAUCGUUUAUGCUUUGUGUGCAUCCCCCUUAGGGAGUUUAGCUCUUGUUAUGAAUUUCACCAUGUGCUAAUUUUUCAUAACGCACAGUUGUUCAAAGGUGUGUGCCUCAUGUUAGCCGAGUUGAUUAUUGCCCUUUUUUUUGUAAUUCAUGUGAUGUCCGUCCGAUUAUGUACCUCUAUGAUAGCGAUUUUGAAUGAAGAAGGCGAUGCAAGGUUAAGCAUGUUUUUUUUGAACAAGAAGGCAUCAACCAGAGUGCUCACCUGCGUAGUUUCUUCCCGUUUUAUCCAUUUAUUGGACAAAUAUUUCAAAGCACAUUUGCGUGCAUCGCUUAUUUUUUACCUGAACGGUGCAGGUACAUUUGGCAGAAAAAAUGACACCAAAAAUUGCAGCAACAAGGACUGUGAUUAUGCUACCACCGAAUUAUUCCGAUGUUUGUACUAUUACGCACCUAUGAUGAUUGCCCGCUUUUUGUUUAAUUCAGGAAUGAGUAAUACGUUUUGUGUGUCCUCGGAUGAGGAUGAAAUCAGUGAGAACACAGACACCCCGACGUUAUUGUCCAUCGUGGGUAAACCUCGAACGGGUCAUAACCAUUUGUGGAAAUAUAACUUAGGUAGAGGGGACCCCCACGUAUGUAGCAACCCAGUUGGGGACAGCGAAUGGGGCGGCAAUAACAACGAUGGUGCAGACGGUGGUGAUUGUCCUACAGCAGGAAAUUCUAAUGAAGGAGGUAAUCACCCUCAAGAAGUUAAUAAUAACCUCAAUGGUAAUGGUAACCAAGGAGGUGACACAGGAGAUAAGGAUGACCGAGAUGGAAAUGACAACAAUGAGGAUCAGGGAGGAGGUUUCCCCGAGGGAGAGGAACAAGAUGAGAAUGUUCUGAUGGAUGCUCAAAAUGGGAAAACGAAAAAGAAACGAAAAAAAACAUUAAACGACAAAAGUAGGAAUAUUAAUAAAGCCACUACUGGAAGGAAAAGUAGAACAAAAACGGAUACCCCAAAUGAUAAGCAGGACGAGAAUAACAUGGCUGCAGGAAACUAUGGUAGUGUGCAUAACAUGAAGCAGUUGCACAAAUUUGGAGGCAUGAAUAGCGUUGCUGGUGUGAACAACAUGGGUAGCAUGCACAAUGGCUCCUUCCUUUAUAAUAACCAAGUGUCAGAUAAAAUUAUGCAUGACGGUAUGGGUAAGAUGACUAUGAAAUCGGGGGGUGGGUACCCCAGUAGGAUGGGUGGCGAUGCGAACUUUCAGAUGGGCGGUCAUGUUGGCGGCCACGUAGGUGCACACAGCGGUGGCCAUGCGGUAGGCCAGAUGCACAACGGAAAUAUGAACAUGUACUUGAAUAACACCGGGAGCAUGCAGUACAUGCCACCUUAUGCCAAUUCUAACAACCCUGUUGGAAUGAGUUUGAGCAGCGGGGUGGCAGGAUCGGCGAAUGGUUCUCUGGGUAACCAUGCGAAUAGCAGCGGCCAGGGUAGCAGCUCGAUGCAUGGUCAGAUGAAGCACCUGAACAGUGGCUUCCGAAACAGUGUGAUGAAAAACAACUCCAGUCAGAUGAGCCGCAUGAUGAUCAGCCCCCUCAGUCCACAGCUAGCGCACAGCGGCGUAAAUAGCGGUGUACAUAGCGCCGUAAACAGCGGUGCAGGUAAUAACAUGGGUAACUACGGGAUGCACUUUAACCAGCAACAGGGAAGUAUUGCCAAUGGGCAUGUGGGCAAUAAGGUCAGUUACCACAUGAAUGGUCAGACGGGAGUUGGGUGCGCGGUGCAGAGUGGAAUGAGCAACGCAGGAAGCAACAGCUUUGUGCACCACCCGAACAACCAUAUUGGAAGCGUGCCAAAUAGCCUCUCUAGUUCAGUAAGCAGCAGCGCCAACAUGCAUAUGGAGGACUCAAAUGCAAGUGGCAGCAAUCAUAAGGGGCACAUGAAUGUGCACCCGCGAGGCAACACAAGGAGCACGUGUUCGAUGAGUAGCCAAUUGGGGGGUCUCCAGGGCGGAAAGCCGGGGGCGCACAUUAAUGGGCCAAUGCAUAGUGCGGGGAGCGGCCACAUGAGCAAUCAGAUGGGCGCACAUGCGAUGAGUCAGACGAGUGGGCCAUUGAUGAGUCAGACGAGUGGGCCAUUGAUGAGUCAGACGAGUGGGCCAUUGAUGAGUCAGACGAGUGGGCCAUUGAUGAGUCAGACAAGUGGGCCAUUGAUGAGUCAGACGAGCGGAUCACUGAUGAGCCAGACGAGCGCGCACUCGAACAAAGUGCUCACCAAUGCAAUAAGCAUGAACAAGUUGAACAACAGCAAGAACACCAAAAGCGGAAAUGCAAGUUUGAGCAUGAACAGCCAUAUGAUGAACCCAAUGGCCAGCUACAUGGGCCCCAACAUGGGCUCAAACAUGGGUCGAAAUUCUGUGACAAAAAAUAUAACUGGAAACACACAGGACGGAAUGAACAAUGGGAAAAUGCAGGACACUGUUAUGAAUAGCAGUGUGUAUAGGAGCAACAGUCUUUUGAGGGACACUCUGAUGGGUAGCAACAAGGCCGGUCCAGGUGGCGCUAUGCAAAACCAGAUGAUGAAGAACGCGAUGAUGAAAAAUGAAAUGAGGAAUAAUAGCACUUAUAUGGUCGGUAUGGUGAACGACAAUUUGGUCCACACGAACAUGGGCAUGGGUGUGCGUGGUAGCUUCCGUCCCAUGAAUAGCCUCCCCGUAUAUAACAAUGGAACCGCCAUGAAAUUUGCAGGACAGAGAUACAGCAUGAGUACAAUGGUGCCCAACAGCACCGGACCAACAGCAGCAGCCGCUGCAGCAGCGGGAGGCAUGAUGAUGAUGAACAGGGAGAUGAACGAAAUGGGUAGCACCCCCGGAAUGAUGAAUUAUAUAAGUGGUAACAACUUUAUAAAUAAGAAUAUGAAAGGUGUGAAAAUGGAGCACACAUACCCCUUUGAGCAGAUGAACAUGAGGAAUGAUCAACUGCAUCACGUAGAGGUCCAUCAGACAAACAUGGGACAUAUGAGUGUAAAUAAUUCAAAAAUGUAUCUUAGCAAUGUACAAGUAGGGAAUGAUAAAAUAAGUGGCGGUAAUUUUCUUCAAGGAGAAAGUAAUCAGUUCUAUUCGUAUGGAAGCGGACCAAAUGAUACAUGCGGAGGUACCGUGCAUAAGAGUGACAUGAAUGGAGUAGCGAAUGCCAAUGUAUGUGGAACUACGAAGGAUGUAGGAAGUGUGAGUAGCAAUAAACAGAAUACAGUACUCAAUAGUAAGAAAAAAAGCAAAAAUAAUUUGAAGAAUGGGAGGGAGCACGAAAUGAAUAACAGCCAGAAUUUAAGGACUGUAAAAAUUAACUGGAGUAAAUAUGAUAGCAUUUUUAAAAAAAUAAAAUUAGAAAAGGAUUACGAAAAAUUUAUCAACACAGAUAAGGAGGACGCGGAGAAGAAGAGGAAGAAUAACAUGUCAGAUGCAGAUACGGACGACAAAUCAGAUUGGGAGCAGAAUCCUGCCCCAGGAUUUAAUGACCUGUUGAAUAUUAACUUUAGGUCUUUCAUUCAUGAUUAUAAUGAAAUACUGAAUAAGUUAAACUCCAUAAGAGUGAAUGAUAAAAGUGAGUUCAAGAAAAAUGCCUACACACAAUUGUAUGAAGAAAUUUUUUUAAACAUUGAACGCUUUUUUGACAUUUCCCAAUUAAGACAUGAAAAUAAUUUUACGCAUUCCAAUUUUUAUAAGAACACCCUUGAUCGUGUCAGCGAAGGAGACAUGCUUCUCGCCAAUGGCAGUGGGAGCGAUGGAUAUGAAGGGGCGGGCGUGACAUCGACCGAAGUAGCAGUAGUGAACCAGAAUGCAGCAUCUGCAAGUGUAGGCAAUUUGGCCCAUAAGACCGGUAAGGCUAAGGUCAACAGAGGAGUAAAAUCACAAUGUACUGACCCAGAGAAGGGAACUCAUACUCAUGACGGUGAAGAUGAUAUUAUGAACAAGGGAAAGACGAACUUCUUCCAAAGUGUGUCUCGCAGUGCAGGGAAUAAUUCCCUCUUCGAAAUGUUAUUAAAAAAAAAAAAAGAGUUUGACGAAAUUUGCAUGCUGCAUAAUUUUGACUCGGCUAUGGCGAAUGGGGAAGUGGCCUUCCCGAACGAUACGAGUGGUAGAAAUGUAACUCCCAUGGAUAGAAGUCUUGCCUCUGUGGAGAAGAAAUUCACUUCCAGCAGUUUUCAAGGCUCUCCUGCGAAGAAUAAAAUGGGUACGUCCGUGCCAGACUACAAAACUGGUGUUACCCAUGUUGGCAGCGGCAACGUUAGGUACCCACAUGAGAACAACCCAGGGACGAACAAAAAGGGAGGGAGCGAAAUAAAAAACGCAGCGUACCAAAAUCACUUCAUUGAAAAAAUAUUAUCAAAAAGGUACAGGACUUAUUCCAUUAACGAAUUUGUAAAUGUGCAGCUGAACGACAACCUUCUGGAGCUCAUCGACAUGUACAAGCAGAACCUCUGUUUUAACAUCAGGAAGAUGUUGAAGAAAAAAAUCAGCCACGAGAGGAAGGGACGCUUUGAUUGGCAUUAUGGCGUUAAGCGGGUGAGCAGAAUCGGAAGAAAGACGCGUACAGGAAAGAGAAGAGAAUUACUCACGGGAAGGGGAAAAAAGAAAAAAAAAAAAAUAAUGGGAAAGGGCAAAGAGUUUCCUAGCACAACGUUGAAGAUGAUGGGCAUGAUAAAUAGCAGUGAUGAGUUGGCAUGUGCAGAAGCAGCACGAAGUACCCACUUGGGAGAUCAUCACCCCGUUACAGAAGGGAAGAACGCCUCCGGGGAAAAUUUAGAAAAACCGCUUUUUUUCUUCUCAUCAGGAAAUUUUAGAAAGAGAAAGAAAAACGAUCAGGAUGGUUCUGCUAAUGUCGGCGAUGGUAUUGGUACAGAAGAGGGGGAGAGGAGAAAUGUUGAAGAGUUGUCUCCAGGUAGGAAGUGCGAGGAGGAGCAGCGGAAGGAUGGUGGUGGAGGAGAUGCGAAUGACAACGUCGAUGCUGGAAUAAACAAAUUCGUGAACAAGCUAUCCUUUGGGCUCUUCCAAACGAAGCUCAAGUCCCCACAGAAGAACGAAGGCGAAAUGAAAAAUAGGAGCGACAGUACAGUGGACCACUGCACGAUGGAAAACCAUGGAGACAUUAGUCUUUAUAUAGAAAAAAAUGUCACACAGAAAAAAUCGCCACGAACGAGUGCAGCCUUCAUGCUGGCAUCAAAAAUGGAGUGCACCAAUUUGUCAAUUAGCAGAAUGCAAAAAAGAUUAUUCGAUGAAAGGAGAAAGAUAAAAUUGAACAAGCAAAGAAAAAUGAGGAAUCUCAAGUACAAAACAAAUGCAAUAAUCGACUUUGGUGAUAAAAUCGUCUGGGUGUCUUUCGAAUUUAACCACCUAGACACGCUGCGGAAGAUUAAAAAUAAUUUUUUCAAUUUGUACAAUUUGAGUCAACUAGAGAAAACGAAAGAUUCGGACAUCAACUUGGAGAAGUGCAUUACCAAUGAAAUGAAAAAAUACAAAAAUGUAAAAAUCAGAUUUUAUAAAUUCCUCAGUUAUUACGACUUUGUGUUUUUGAAGAACCGAUUGAACUUUAUUAAAAUUAAGUAUAAGAAUGGGGUGGCAAGAACUGCAAGAGGGAUGACCUUCCCAGGUACUUCCUUGGCGAAGCUGGCCGAUAUGCAAAGGGACCACCCAGCUGAGAUUACUUCUGUAAAGAUGCCUGCUGGUGGAGCCAUUGUAAGUGACCCAACUGUGGGGAAUGUCAAAUGCGAAGCGGUACAGAAUAGAGACAAGGAUGAUAGCUCCCCUCAGGAUGGGCCCAGUGUGGAACAGGCCAAGAGUGGUGCUGUACUGAGCGAUGUGCACCCUGGUGCCGAGUUGGUCAAGAAGGAUCACCCGCAGACAGGGGCACUUUUUAGUGAAAAGGGGAUAAUAAAAGGAGGAGAAGUGAACAGUGGAAAUAACAACCCUGUUUUGAAGAGCGAAGGCGGGGAAGAAGCCCAGCACCAUGACCAGCAGGAGCCCCUCACGAAGGAGCAACUUCCUACCCCCCUUCAUAAUAGUCCCUCCAUCAUUGUCAAAAGUGAGCAUCCCAAGAGUGAAGUGAUAUACCCGUACCUUCCCUUCGCCAAAACAAGAGGUGAUGACAUUAAUCAGAUUUUAAAUGACGUAAAGAAUCUGUACAUCGAACCCAAUGACCAUAUGAUUAAAAAAAAUAAAUUAAGGAAAGACAUAACACUCUUCCCACUGAUCGAUAAGAAGAGGUUGAAUACUUACAUUAGUCUCGAUUUGAAUGCAGCUGCGAAAGAAGAACUUGUGAAAAAUGAACAUACCAACAACCAUUCAGUGGACAAGGAAAUACACAUCCUUAAUAAAUUUUUGAGUACAAAUUUGAAACUUGAAAAAAUGGAAUUUGGAAAAGUCGGCUCAGGAAUAAAUACGUCAGGUGGAGGAGCAGCAACGACAGGAGCAGCAACAGGAGGAGGAGCAGUUGGCCCAGGAAUAAUAAUAGAAAAUUAUGACCAUGCAAGGAAUAAUCAUAUGCAUUGUGAGAAAUACAAUACAGCCAAUUCUGUCCUGAUUGACAAUUACGUCUGGUCCAAUAACCCCUCCCUUUUCAGCAUCUUCGAAAAAUAUUAUUUGUUGUUAAAAAUGCAAAAGUACAUUUUACAAUAUAAGCACUUUUCAAAGAAUAGCCUUAAGAGGAAAUUAAGUUCAGAGUCCAACUGCGAUGUUUAUUCGAGUUCGAAUUCUUUGAAGGGUUCCUCUAGUGGAAAUGUUAAAGGGAGAAGGAGGUAUGGGAAGGGGGGUAAGGGUACAAAGAAGGGUGGAGGAGGACGUAGACUCUCUUCAUCGAAAGGGGGCAGGCGAGGGGUCGCCGCCAUGAUGGCAUCCGCUAAUGAUGGAAUGGCCGUGGAUACGGUUGGUGUGAAGCGAAGGAGAAAGGCUGCAGUUGUUACCACCAGUCAACCAUGCAAGGAUGUUAGCGAUCAAGUAGGGUUUGCGAAGAAUGACAUGAACGAGCAUGGCUUGGUUAGCGGAGAAACGAAUGAACACUUGGCAGCAACCCCAUUUGUGAAGGUAGAACCGGAGGGCGCAUCAACGUGUGUGGAUUCGAUUCAGAAUGAAGGGGGCGGUGAGGUACAAGGUAUGUCUGCCCAACGAUAUAACACGCCCAUUGGGGGGACGGGAACCAACGGCAGUGUAGAAGUGCCCCCUGAGCAGAUUGACGCAUUGUACCCUGCCAUGAAGAACAAAGUGGAGGAAGAGGCGAAUGCAAUGGGGAGAAGCGGUGUGUCUGAUGAGGUGCAGGUAGCAAAUGGAGAGGCAGUCCCGCAAGAUGCUAAUACGAUAAAUGAACAAAGUGUACGUCGGACCUGCAAAAGUGAAAGCAACAGUAGCGGAAGUGUGAAAAGCGCCAAGAGGAACAAGUCGUCGCUGCAAACAAAUGUGGCCAAGGGGGAGAUGAACUUUAUUGGGGUAGUAAAAGAUGGAGACGCAGUGGGAGACUCAGACGCAGAGGCAGAAUUUGACACCGAGUUGGAAGAUGGAAGUGGCAAGAAAAGGAGAGGAAGGAAGAAAGGAAAAAAGAGGGGAAGGAAAAAAGGAGGCAGAAAUAAAUACAAAUUAGAAGAAGAUAAUAUGACGGUAGCAGAAAGUAACAGAACAAUGUGGAAAAAACAAAACGGAGAAUAUGAAAAGUACCAAUUGAAAGACAGUAAAAAAUUUACAGACCUGAUUAACAAUGAAGACAUGUUAGAUGAAAUGGAUAAGGAAAUUCUGGCCAAUGAAGUUAUUCCAAUUGAUAAAGACAUUAUAAUAGAUCUGCUAUGCGAAGAGGAAAAACUAAUAGAAAGCUAUAUUAAGAAUUCCAAAUUUGUGGACAAGAAUUUAAUAUGCUUUUUAAUUUACCUCAAUACGGUUCAGAAGAGGCUGAGCUGCAUUUCGAACAAAUUGCUUAAGAAAGUGAUUAGGGAAAAUAAAAUGCCCGCAAGGAUCAGUGAGAAUGUAAGUCGCAGUGACGAAAUAACUUACAGGUAUCUUAUGUUUGAGAGAUGGAAUCAAUUAAGGUAUUCCGUUUUUUAUAAUAUGAAUUAUGUUCGUAGUGGUGGUAGUAGGGUCAUGCUUCACGACAGUGCUCAAUCCGAUGGAUACAAAAAUGUAAAUAUUCAAACCAUUUUUGAUUUACACAAAUUUUCUGGAAAAUACAAAAAGCAAAAAUUACCUCCCUUUGAGUAUAGCAUGUUUCUCAAGUACAAAAUUCACAAACAGAGUAAGACAUGUGCAAGUGGGCAGGAGGGAGGAGAACGAGGAGGGGAGUGUUCCCCAGGUGGUGAACACACAGAAGGGGUGGAAGAAAUGGAAGAUGAAGAAACGGUAUUUAUGAAUAAUGAAGAUAAUUUUUGUGGCUUCUCAAACAAUACCGAUUUGAAUAUAACCCCAGUGCUGUCCUACUGCUGCGUAUGUUUCAACGAUGAUUAUAACACCACGCAGAUUAGUGAACAGGGAGAUCCUGUACAGAACGUUUCCAGGAACAACUCCAUUUCUAACUCGGCCGUAGAUGUGAAGAGUGAGAGCAUGGAUAAGACGCAGCAGGGACAGGGUAGAAGUAGGUCCAACUCGAAGAGAGACGAGGUGGGGGCCUCUGGGGAAUUGAAAAAAGAUGGGGAUCAAAAGGGUGCCCAGGAGGCGACCCAACCACCACAGGAGGGUACUCUACGCAGCAUGGGUGGCAGCCAGAUUAACAAUCCCUCCGGUGAGUGUGAAAAAAAAAUUAACAGCACCUGCAGUGGAACGGACACUGCUAUUAUAGAAAAAAAUAUCAAGAGCAACCGCAACCUGAUGAUGCGAUGCGGAAGGUGCUACAUGCACGUGCACAAGUUUUGUUACAUUUCGACCAAGAGGACAGAGGAAAGUAGUUCCACCUACGCACAGGCAACGACUUCCAUCAGUUCAAACGAAUGGCUUUGUCAGCGAUGUGAAUUUGAAAAAAAAACCCUGGGUAACAAUUACCUGUACCUAUUUGACAACCACGUUAAAUGUUACAUAUGCAUAGAAAGAGGAGGGGCCUUCAUCCAACUUAGGAGUGAUAUUUUUGUCCAUACCUUCUGCGCCAUGUUCUGUGUGCCAGAUUUGCUCGUCAAUGCAAAUGUGAAUUUGGAAAAUGUGGAAGAGUUCCUGAAAUUAAAUAAUGUGUCUUUGACGCAGGAAAUUUUGUCAUCCUUGGAGAGGAAGAGAAGGAAGCUUUUGCUGAGCGGCGAUCGGGCGAAGAAGGGGUUGGCGCAGGAUGGACUCCCCUCCGUAACGGGGAAUAGCAACUUGAUGGAUCCAUGUACCGAAUCGUCACCCCAUCCCAGUGCGGUCAACUCACCCGUCAGUAAUAAUCCCGCACAUGUAGCAAAAGGCUCAGACGAGAAGACAGCAGAUUGUGUAAAUUUGGAAAAGAAUGAAGAAGCGAAGGGGAAUACGGCUAGCGGAGAAGCUGAUGGUGGGGGAGACCCCAACCCUGAAGCGGACACCGAAUAUGGAUUCAGAAUCAAAUCGAUAAGGUCCAUUUUUUCGAAGAGUUACUUCUCCAGUCCUAAACACAGUGAUAAAAAAAAUGCACAUGCGACGAGUGGUAAUGACAAGGUUGGUGAUUUUCCCCCGUCUGAGCAGAAGGAGGAUAAGAAGAAGAGGGGGAGUGAAAACGUUAGCCAAGUUGAAAAUUUAAAAAAAAAAAAAAAAACAGCGGGGAGUGUAAAUGACGAGGUGAAUACUUUACAUUCGGAUAAGGGGGGGACGAACGACACAUUGGAGACUGAUGGGGACGUGGCUAAAGGUAGUGCCGCCCCGGGUGAAGAUAAGGGGAAGGGCAAUAACCGUGCUCAUCGUGUUGAACAGGGUGAUGAUGGCAUGAGAAGCGGCUUUGAUCAUAGUAAAGACACGGACUUAGCGCACGGAAAACAGGACGGUGUGCGAAUACAAUGUGGGGAGCGUUACCUGCACGAUGGAUACUCCUCCUCCGAGUCAUCGUCGUCCAUCCUCACCGCGUCUUCCAUUCGAUCCGACUCGACAUUGCUUCCCCAGCAUGAUGCCAAGAAGGCAGAAGAGGGUGACCACGAUGGGGAGGCCACAUUACACCGUGCAGGGACGACACAAAAGGAGAAAAACAUUCCGACGAAGCAGUUGUCAUGCAUCCGGUACCUACUGAACGGCUACGGGCAGGAUACUGUGCGAUGCGACGUCUGUUUGAAGAGCAAAGGAAUAUUCAUCAAAUGUGAAAAUAUAAAAUGCGACAAGUACGUGCACCCGCUGUGCGCCUACAUGUGUGGGUUGUAUAUCAGGUGCAAAAAUUCCAAUAAAAAAUUUUUGAAAUUUCAGAACAAAAUUGAUUAUUGCUUCCCUCGCAUAUUUUUCUUCAUCAAGUGUAUCUCUCACUCUAUAAAGAAAUGUGGCGUCAUUAGAAUAUAUGAGGAGAUCAUAAAGAGGAGAACCAAGUACCUGAACCGGGAUUUGUAUCCAAGCAUAUACGAAAGUAAUAAAAAGGAGAGGAAGCAAAAGAAUUCCGUAAAAUACAAAAUUAAAAACAACUGUAGUAAUAUUAAAAAAGGGGGAAGUAUGGCAGGAGGUGUAGGUAAUGGACCAGCAGCGAUAGCAGCCAUUGCAGCUGUUGCAGCAGGAGGACCUGGAGGAGGAACAGGAGAUAUAUAUGAAGUUUUAGCUUUUAAUUUUAACUACUUAGAUUCGUAUCAAUAUAAUUUUUUCCUCCUUCCAUCAAUUGAUUAUAUAAAAAAUGACAUUUGCCUGGUUUGCUUUACGUCAUACAAGAAGAAGGAGCUUCUGUAUUGUAAGUAUUGUAACAUGUGUGUGCAUAAGAGUUGCUACCUGGUUGACUCGACCUACCUGGAAUACCACUUCUAUAGAAAGAACAAAAGGGCGCAUACCUUUUUAAUGCACACGAAGCAACAGAAGUUGAAGAAUUUACUUAGCAGAGUGAAGGAAAGGAAGGAAGCUCUGCUGAAUGCCCUGCUACAGGAGAAUAACCAACACGCGUAUGACGAUGUGUCACAGGGGGGAGUUACUGGAAUUGUGAAGGAGGACGGAACAACUUGUGGGGAAAUUAUCCCACGUCAUGGCAUGAUAGAUCUUCCUCCACAAGAAGGAACAAGUAGUGGUGACCCCUGCGGAGUAAAAGGUGUGCAUGUGGAGGAGCAACUUCUAGAAAUGCAUAACCAUCCGUCUGUAGAAAAAUCCCAUGUGGACAUCCCCCCCGUGAGCAAUCACAUCAUCGCGCCUGAAGGAGGCGAACCAAAUUGUGCAGAACAAAGUGGAGUGGCCCCCCCAGGUGAGGGGUCAGCGGGUCACUGGCAACAACAUCCACAUAACGGUAAAGGAAUGAAUAGGGAGAAGGAAAUGGAAAAGUCAAAACUGUUUAAGGAGUUAAUGCAAAACGAAGUUAUCACCUGUUUGUACACCCCUGAAUAUUUACAAAGCACAGACUUUAUUAACAAACUGAAGGAGUUUAAAAAGAAGCAAAAUGUUAUGCAGCUAAGUGAAAAUGUGAAGUAUAAAUGCGAGGAGGAGAAAUGCCUGACCGACCUGGAUGAUGUAGAAGAGAGGAAAUUAUUUGUAUGCGAUUUGUGUGCAAAUAAUUACAAUCAUGAAAAUGUCAAUUGUAUAUUGUGUAGCCGCAGGGGAGGCGCCAUCAAAUUAAUAAAAGUGAAUGAUCAUAACAAGGUAGAUAAAAAUAAGAAUAAGAAAAACGCCUUUUUAAAAUCGGAAAAAGAUUUUGUAUUUGUGCAUAUGCAAUGUGCUUUGUAUGCUCCGCAAAUUAUUAUACAGGACAUUGGAGAAGAAUAUUACCAAAUGUUUAAUUACGAUAAUUAUUCCAUGCAAGAGUGUGAUGAGGUGUCACAGAUGAAAGACAAGGGCUUCAAGUCAGACACGGAAGUGUGUGUUCUGAAUAAAGAGUGUGAUUAUGAUGAGAAGCAGAAUUUGCUGGGGGAGUUUCUUUACCGCCAUGCAGCCGCGCCGACUGUGAACAACAACAAGGGUAAAAACGCUCGCAGGGUGCUCGAUAGGAAAAACUCCGCCACUUCUGCGUGUGUAGCGGCCAAUGUAGUAGUGGGCGGAGCUGUUGCCGUUGCGAGCACGAUCCAUGCCACCCCUGCGCAGCAUACACUUGCACAGCAGGGAGUAGCUGUAGAGGUGGUAGCGGCUGCCGGGGGAAGCAUCCAAAUAAAGGAAGAAACGAAUGCAGCAGGUGGUUUGGUAGGGAAAGUUGUGCCACCCGUCAGCUGCAAUGUCAGGCAGCCGAAUGAGAUUGGCAAGCUUGCAGAAGGAGAGGGAGACGCGAAGGUGAAAAAGAGCCUAAGUUUUGACAUUGAGAAGGGAGGAGCGGAUGGAGCAAUGGCGCUAACGGAAAAUGGGCUGCAGAACACAGCGCUGAAUGCAGAGCAGUGUGGCGAGCGCUUGGUUAAGGAGGAGGGCGCACACCCAACCGAGGCGAACAACCUGAUGAGCAUCGCACAGCAAUGUCCCAACGGAACCACAAACAAUAACGCCAUUCUAAACGAAACAAGCAACACCGCCGCGAUCCCUAACACCAUUCUAAACGUAACAGACAACAGCGCCGCAAGCAAUAACGCCAUUCUAAACGUAAGAGACAAGUACGGAAGGAGACUCAAAAAAGGAAAAGAAAUUUUAUCCUACAAUAAAUCGAACAGCAUGAUGGGAGGAGACCCGAAAAAGAGACAAAUCGUCCCCUCAUCCACACACGUACCAUUUUCAAACAAAAAGACGAGCAACUUAUACUACUACAAUUUCAAUAGAAAAAAAAAUAAUUACAAAAUUAUAAUUAAAGAUAAAUUAAAAAAACACCUAAAUAAAAAUGUAUGUUAUAUUUGUAACCUCACUUAUGGCUAUACACAAAAGUGUGUAGAAAAUAAUUGCAAUAAUUAUUUUCACAUAUCCUGUGCAAAAAUACACAAGCAUUUUUUUGAAUUCGAUUAUACCUUUUUAAAAAUUUUCCCAAAUGUGAUGAGCAUGCAGCAAAUGUCUAAGCUGUCUAGCUGUUCUGUGGGGACCAUCAUUUUUUGUGAGGCACAUUCUAGAAUUAGGAGGAAGGUGAAUCCUUCAAUUAAAUUAUUUUCCAAGUUGAGGUCCUUUUUAGAAUUGGCGCGGAUAAUUGUAGGGCAAAUGAAAAAAAGGGAGGACAUUAAAAAUGCCUGGAUAAAGGAAAAGCACCAGAGGGACAUUACUUCUUUUGAGCAUACAGAGGAGGACGUAGAUAAUCCGGACGAGGGCCAAGACCCGGAGGAAGUAGACGACGUCGACAGUUCCAUUUCCAUGUCCGAUUCGGACGGUGCGGAGGAUGGCGGCGAUGACGAUAGCGAUGAAGAGGACGAUGAUGACUUCUCCGAAGAGGAAGAGGAAGGCAGCAUGAUGAGUGGAAGCGCCAGGGGGGUGAGCAGAAAUGUGCUGUAUGCGCCGCAGACGGAUGGAGAGGCAAAUAUGAUUUUCCCCCGCACACACACCAAUCAGUUUGAUGAAGGUGGUGCUGGGGGCGAUCGUGGAAGAAGACUGCCCAGUGAUGCCUUAGCGAUGAUGCAGGACAGUGCCCCCGGUAGUAGUGACAACAUAGGCAGGCAUAGCAGUAGCAGAGGAAGCAGUAGUAGAAGUGGACUAAGCCAUAGAAGCAAUAACACUAAGAGAGGCCACGCGAAAACCUUAACCAAACACCAACACGUGGAGGACCAGCUCCAAAUGAAGGGCCUCCAUGAUCACCAUAAGUUGAGUAUGCAAAGUGAGUAUACAGAAGUAGCAAAUGGGGAGAGGGGUAAAGAGACCGGAAGCGCACAGAGUAAUGAGCCCAUGGAGGAAGAAAUGGAAGAUCUGCAGGAAGAUGUAGUGGACAAAGUGGGCAGUGAUAAGGAUGAGGAUUACGUGCCGGAGGAUGAAGCCGAGGACAGUUAG